AUUUUUUUUCCCUGAAUUUUCAAGAGAUGAGGGGGAAGGUACUUAGGUCUGACGUGGGGUGUCCUGCUCUGCUGGUGGAGACACUCUGCCCUUGGCUGAGUGCCUUCACAUCAUGUGGUUUGCAGAAAUAAAGGUAGCGCUGAAUGGCACGGGUUCUCCUCUUCUUCUGAACCCUGUAGGAACUGUGAUCUUCCCAGAAGAGGGAGCCAGAAUCCAGCCCCACCUCACCCAGAACAUCUCUAUAAAGGAAGCUUCCUGACGGCUAACUGGGCAGUUUCUGCUCUGCAUUCUCCACAACCAUGCACCUGCAUCUUUCAGGGCUACUCUUCUUCCUGGUGAUCUCACUGCCUGCAGGUAACUGUGCAAUCGGGAAUAAAGGUGUAGAAUUUCAAACGUGUACCGCAGUCAACGGCAUUUGUUUCUUUGGCUGUCGGCCAGGAUGGAUAUGGGUCAGCUACUGUAACAACCUAAUGUCCUGCUGUAGAAAGGACAAUGAAUUUGUACUUCCUCAAUCCAAAGCUCCUGACUUGUAUGGAAACUCCACUAAGCAUGUUUUACAGAUGACGGCUCCUUGUCGCCACCAUGUGGCAGCUGUCGUCCAUUUUACUUCCUCUCAGUCUUGGCACACCAGGUUCCAGUCCACGACUUCCCAACAAAGCACGGGCUGCCUCGCGUUCCCUGACCUCGGGAGUCCCCGUACCCUCUCAUCACCCCCGCCCCCCGCAUGA